UCACCCGCUAUCUACUGCGCGUGAGAUAUUCUAGUCCAAAACUUUGGUUUGGACAAAUCAUCGAAUGUAUCCCACAGUAAUUGGCUGGUGCUGACAGUCAUUAGCCCCACUCAGGAGCUUUCCUUGCCAUAUUCCCCACGCGCAGUUCACAAAACUGACCGAGACUUUUGCAUUUGUUUAUUUCUUUUCGACCCGCUAAUUUAAUAAUCUUUCUCUCUCUCUAAAUUAAGUCUCCUCUUUUUAUUCCCUACAAUAUCUCAACCCCUAACAUUAUUUUUUUUCUUCUCGCUGUCUCUCAAUCCCUAUCUUUUCUUUUAUCUUUAAUUGAUAAUCUAUUUUUCUCCUUUUUGUUAAAUGUAUAUGUGUACCAGUUAGUUCGAAAGAUUUAAGCUUUUUAGCCAAAGAAGAAGAAGAAGUGAUGACAGCUCCAAACAUGGCAACCAUAACUGCAUCUUUAGAAAGGUCUCUUCAAAACUGUUCGCUAAAUCAUCACCAAAGUAGGGGAGUUUUAGGAGGAGCAGGAGAGAGGUCAUCGAGUUCAGACGAUGCAGAUUUUGGAGCAGCACAACAGCAAGAGGACCAAAAUCACAAUAAUAAUCUUAAUCUACCCACUAGUAAUUCUUCUACUGACACUACUUUGGAGCUCAACUCGCAUCUCUCUCUUCCUUACCAUUGGGAGCAAUGUCUUGAUUUAAAGACAGGGGAGAUUUACUAUAUAAACUGGAGAAAUGGAAUGAAAGCGAAAGAAGAUCCAAGAGUAACACAAGAAUACAGCGGAGAUUACUACUCAGAAGAUGAAAGCUCAUAUGACAGUGAAGAGUCAUCAUCAGAAUCAUCGCCUCCUUCUUCAAGAGAGCAUUAUACUAGUAGAGGGGAGCAGAAAGAAGACCAUGUCUUGGUUGUAGCUGGUUGCAAGAGCUGCCUUAUGUACUUCAUGGUCCCAAAACAAGUUGAAGAUUGCCCCAAAUGUAACGGCCAACUUCUCCACUUUGAUAGAUCUGAAGAUGGUUCUCCCUGAUUUCCACUUCUUUGUCUUCUUCUUUUCUUAACUCUUUUCAAUUUUUCUUGGUUCUUUAAUUUUAUGGUUCUAGUUUUUCAAAAAAGAAAAAAGAAAAAACUCAUUUGUGCUUUUGAAAGAUUUUGUUUUUAAGUGUGGAAUGAUCAUGAAAUGCGUGACAAAUGGGUUAUUAGAUUACUAUUAUUGAUUCCUCCAUCUACACGACUCCACCAUUUUAUUUUUAGUGUUUUUCUUUUCUUUAAGAAAAUAUUUCUCUCCUCUAGCUGUUACAUUUUUGUUUUGUUUUGGGUUUCUUAAGGGUGCCAUUGAAGUCGCCGAGGUGAGUCCUAGCUUAGGGAGGGAAAGUGGCGAUGGUAUGGUCAAUUCAAAGAAAGAAUAAAUAUUUUGUAAUGAUUGGGACGUGUAGCUUUCUCUCUCAGUUUCUUUCUUUCUUUAAUUAAAUUAAUCUGUUAUUAGUUAAGAUAAUUAAUUGAUGCACUUUGAGAAUAGCUGCAAAUUGCAUUAUUAUAAAUUGUCUGUAUUUCCACGCUGAAAUCAGAUCAGCUUGAGUUGAUUGUGGCCGCAGUGCACAUUA